CAUAUAAUAGUUAGUUAGAUAUGCCUGCGUGGUAUGUGGUAAUCAUGUGAUUUCAAGUUAAGUUUCAUAUCAUUUUUACGCUGAAGGGAAUCACUCGUUUGCAUACAUUUGACCACUAAAUUAUAUCUGAAGUGCUUUACAUUAAUUGCCAUGCUGCUUGUAAUGUGAUCAAACCCGAUUGUUUACCUGAUGAGCAAAGUUCAUUCAAACUUUAUCUUCCUCUUGAUAAAUUAAAAUAAAUAUUUGAUGAACAGUUUAGCAAGAGAGGAGAUAAGAAUGCAUUAUAAAUAGAACGAAAUUAACCCACGUCAGGUAAAAUCAUACGAAUGAAAUCAAAAUUAUUCGAGAAGAUGGGUGAUAAAAAAGCUGCCGGGAAUUCAGUUUUAUUAAAUCGUGAAUUUGAAGUGUUGGACAAAUUCCAGAAAAGAGUUCUAGUUUUUCUGGGCGUGAUAUGCGGUAUCACACUAGCCAUAACACCUGCUCUGACAUUCAUACCUAAAAUGCAAUAUCAGGUGGUGAUUGCCGUCUUAUAUAUCAUAAUAGCGAUUCUUGAACUCGCUGUAUUAUGUUUGCUAUUCUUAUCAGACAGCAUAAGGAGACGUUUUCCUGUGAAUUUGUUGUUGACGAUGUUACAUUCUGCUUGCAUGACCGUUCUAACAGAAAUCGGAUUCGCUGGGAAAGAUUGGAAAUGGGUACUUCUGGUGAUGGCAAUAGCUGUGGUUCUCUAUAUCACAUGUAUAUCGAUAGGUGCAAUGUUGAAUAGUGAACUGGAAGUGGACUCCCUAGGAAUGCUGAUAGUCUUUGUUGUCUCGUUAGCUGCAGUUGCCACUGCUACACUUUUGGUUUACUUCGUGGGCAGUUACCGCGAGUAUACACCGAUGGUUCUCGCCGGAGGUAUGACAGUUUUAUUAAUCCCUCUCAUAUUUUCCAACAUCUUCCAUGUUUAUCAGUUCGCCUUAUAUGUUGGUCAGAUAACACUUGGCCCACGUGGAUUCAGAGAGUAUGAUCCAGAUUACUGUGCAACUUCAAUCGUUUUACAUGCCAUGCUUGUCAUCUUUCUGAUUAUCCUCGGAAUUGGACUUAUAAAGGUACAGGCGAAGUAAGAUAAUAUGUUAACAGGACCGACUGAACUAAUUUCGUGAUUUUCAGUAUAAAAGCAUUACAGUAAAAAUGUGCAUUUUAUAACCAUCUGUCUCUGAACACUCUUUAAACUGUUAUGUUCAUGAUUUGUAAUCCAAAUAAAUAAAUUCGGCUUUUUCACAAAAAGUGUAUAAUUCUGAAAUAUCACUGUUAUUUUCCAGAUGUGUGGUUUUCAGUACCAUGUGAAGGUUCUUCUGACCAGCAAUAUCAGUUACAGCGAUGAAUGUUAUACUGGAUUCCAUAUUUCUGUAUGAAAUGUCAACCAUCAAUGAUUGAUCAGGUACAUGUUUGGG